UCGCGGCGCCGCGGAGCGAUGGCGGCGCCCAUCUGCCGUCUGCUGCUGCUGUGCGGGCUGGUGGUACGCGCCCCUUUGCCCACAGGUGCCACCAAGAUGAAGAUUGUAGAAGAGCCCAACACUUUGGGGCUCAACAACCCGUUCCUGCCCCAUAUCAGUCGUCUGCGGCCCAAGAGGGACCCGGCUCCCGUGUCUGGGCCUGCCCAUCUCUCCCGACUCUCCGGCCAGUGCUUCAGUCUGGUAGAGUCCACGUACAAGUACGAGUUCUGCCCGUUCCGCAAUGUGACCCAGCACGAGCAGACCUUCCGCUGGAAUGCCUACAGCGGGAUCCUGGGGAUCUGGCAGGAGUGGGAGAUCGUUAACAACACGUUCAAAGGCAUGUGGAUGCGGGAUGGAGACGCUUGCCACUCCCGAAGCCGGCAAAGCAAGGUGGAGCUCACCUGUGGCCAACGGAACCGCUUGGCACAUGUGUCAGAGCCCAGCACUUGUGAAUAUGCGCUGACCUUUGAGACACCGCUGGUCUGCCACCCUCACUCUCUGUUAGUGUACCCUGUGCUACCCCUGACCCUGCAGCAGAGGUGGGACCAACUGGAGCAGGAUCUGGCCGAUGAGCUGAUCACCUCCCAGGGCCACCAGAAGCGGUUGUGGGCGAUAUUUCAGGAUGCGGGUUUCUUAAAGGCCCCAGAAGAAAGAAGAGCCUCCGGGCGGGCAGGGGGUUCCAAGGGGCUGGUGUUUGAUACCCUGGAGAAGUGCAACCAGGCAUACAGGCAGCUAUGGGAGGAGAAACAGAAGCUGGAGGGGCUGCCGGCCCAGCACACCAUCCCCUACCUGAGGCCCAGAGGAACUUCUAGCAACAGGACACCCACGCACAGUGCACCAGAGGGACACCAAGUGUACAGUAACCCUGGGCUGCCCAGGAACACCUUUUGACAGGCUUGACCAGGCCACCUGUGACAUGCGCAGGGAAGACGAAGAUUCCAAGUUUUAAUUCCCGUACGGAUAAAAAUAAUUCCAUAGGUUAUGUAAAGGAUUGAAUAAAUUCUACGAUGGUGUAAAAAUUAAAAAAA